AUGGCCGAUCCCCGUGUUGAAGAGCUUCCCGAUGAGGAGGUCCCCCAGACCAACGUCGAGGACGUUGGCAGCGACUCUGAGUCCGAGACCGAGCCCACCAUCCCCGGCGGCGCUGCUGUCACCAUCCACUCUCGCGGCGAGAAGAAGGCUCGCAAGGCCAUUGCCAAGCUUGGCCUGAAGCACGUCCCCGGCAUCACCCGUGUCACUCUCCGCCGCCCCAAGAACAUCCUCUUCGUCGUCAACCAGCCCGACGUCUACCGCUCCCCCUCCAGCAACACCUGGAUCAUCUUCGGUGAGGCCAAGAUUGAGGACCUGAACGCUCAGGCUCAGGCCUCCGCCGCCCAGCAGCUGGCUGCCGCCGAGGCUGCCGAGCACGCCGGUCACGACCACGACCAUGACCACGACCACGACCACGGCAAGGGCAAGGCCCCUGAAGCCGAUGCCAAGAAGGAUGAGGAGGAGGAUGAUGGUGAGGAGGUCGACGAGAGCGGUCUGGAGGCCAAGGAUAUCGAGCUCGUCAUGGCACAGGCUAGCGUGUCCCGCAAGAAGGCCGUUAAGGCCCUCCGGGAGAACGACAAUGAUAUUGUGAACUCCAUCAUGGCUCUCAGCAUAUAA